UUAUUUUCUUCACGACAGUGUCCAAAUAUAUUGAUAUUUACCAAGGAAUAACUAGUUGCUUUUGUUCGCAUAAGCCAAACGAUGCCAACGACAUCGUUUUACAGACAACAUCGGAACCGGAAGUAGCGUAAGAUAAUGGCAGAUUCGUUUUUCCUGGUUAUUGCAGUAACAACGUUUGCUCUCGGAAUAGUUCUAUUUCUUGUAUCAAUAUCAAGCACAUCUUGGCAAGGGCUGGAUGGAGGAGUAACUAUAUCAUUGUGGAAAGUUUGUUACAGACACCAUGUUGAUAAAUCUUGGUUCUGUAACUCAUGGCAUGAAAUACCGGGUUUUGUUCGAUUAGCGCAGGUGUUUUGCAUAAUUUCCCUGUUAUGUUGUAUUGUAUGCCUAAUACUAAUUGCUGCCUUUGUUCUAAGAUGUCUACACAGAUCUAAAUUGGCGCUCAUCGUUUUAUCAUUGUUGACAUUUACAUCCGCUUGUAUGAUAACAAUUGCUGUUAUAGUGAUGGGAAUAAAGGGACGGGAGUAUCUCCUCGAGCUGAAAGAAGACGAUGAUGAAAUGUUCAAAUAUUUUCUAAAAGGGAUAAUUAUAUCUGGUUUUUAUGAAAUAGGCUGGGCCUUCAUCCUUGCAAUAGUUGCGUCCCUCAUCGACUAUAUAAGCUUUGGAUUUUUUCUACUCGAGUAUCAAGAUAUGACUGAUACCAACUAAAGUUUAAUGCAGAUAAAAUGGAUUACACGUUCUUGUAUCAUAAACUAAAGCGGUACAAUUAUGUAGAGUGUGACAUGUUUUAUUGUUAUACAGUGUAUAUAGACUCAGAAGCGUUACAAUACUCGUUUAAGAGUGUUAAAAGUACAUGAUUGUAAACCAGUUAGAUAUAAGUCUCUUUAGAUAGACGGAGUUGCAGGUGUGUUUUAAGCCGACUUAUUUGACUAGAAAUGCAAGAAAGGAAAGAACAGCCGACAAUUUGUCCAUAACAUUCCGUAGAUGUUGCUGUUUGCUUCAAUGUGAACUGAGUACAUUCAUAACUCGCAAAGCAACAUGUUAAUUAAUUAAUAAGAUAUUUGAAAAAUGUAAAUGAUGCUAUAUGGUCAAUCGGAAUACAAACCUACCAUGGAACCACUUGUGUUGGUCGUUCGUAUCAUAAUUUGAGAUAUCUCUGUAAGAUACCCGCUUUUAAGAUGCCAACAUAUGAAAGUUGCUUAAUGUUGUCAAAAUAUAAGGUGAGGAACAUAUCUCUGACAAACAUCCUCAGACUAUAACUUUGCAAGUUGUGUAUGAUCCCUUUGGACUCCGACACUAAACCCAGACUCAGCUUAAAACGCCUUUCACAUGGUUAUACAUUAUAUGAUGGAGUUAUACGAUAACUGACGAUGUUUCAGUUCAAAAUGUACUAAAAUUAUAACAAUAAAUACAAUAUAAUUAUGUGACAUAAUGGCAAUCCUUGAUAUAUUUCUGUUAUGUAAAUACCUAAAAGUAUGGAUUUUUUUUCGAAAUAGCCUGCGUCAAUAUGUUUUAUUAAUGUUAAUUGACUUGUCACUAAGCUAUACCUAAUAUAUUUUUGUCAAAUAUCUCAUGUUGUGUUAAUUAGACUGUUGUAUUAUUCUUUUGUCUUGUGUCAUUUCUGAAAACUCUGAAUUAUAUGAAAAUUUCAUGAAAAUGUAAUGGAAAUAAUUUAUAAUUUGUAUAUUGGUCAAAUAGCGAUAAUUUCUUAUAUAUUCGUGAUGUUUAUUGAAUUUGUUUGAAGAAAUAUGUUGCAAUCCAUUAUAAUACGUCAACAAAACCUGUUCAAGACUGCAUAUCCUAUACAUGUAUCUUUUGAAAAUUCUGGAACUUGUAAGUAUAAUAUAAAAGAAGCAAUGGAUUUUCCAAAGUUUGCAUUUUCAUGUGAAUGAAAUGUUAAAAGCAAUCAAAUACAAAAAUAACGCAAUCAUUUUUAUCAACUGCAGCAAUAAUGUUUACUCAAUUUAGUUCGAUUUUUUUAUUUGAUAAAUGUUUAUCGA